AAUAUUUUUCAAACGUGAUUCACAGAAAUAUUUCACCCUGCGGCCAUCUGCUCGGUUUGCAACGCCACUUCACAGAACUGAAGACGUCUCUAUAAUAAAAUCGUUUCCACAUUUCGAGGCUCUCGCUGAAUUAUUAAAACCGUGUCAGAGCGGACGCCGAUACUCAGUCAUUGUUUUCUGAUCAUUCCAAUCAGACAUUAAUAUGAUUGCGGGUCACUCGGUAAUUAUAAGUGUGUUCAUUUUGAGAUUCAGCGUGAGCGGAUUUCCAGUGAAUCCGCCUGAAAAUGCCAAAGUACCGUCUCCGAAAGUGCUGGACUUUUUGAAAAAAUUCGGGUACAUAGAAGAAGACGACGCCAAUUCUGGUGCUCUGUACACCGAAACCGGGAUCUCCGAGACUCUCAAAAUCGUCCAGAGAUACGGCGCUAUUGAGGAAACCGGAGUCCUAGACAACGCCACCCUUCACUUAAUGUCGUCCCCUCGAUGUGGUGUCCGCGACAUCGUUAAACCCAAACGGGGCAAACGAUACGUCCUGGGUUCCGAAGGCUGGGACAAACGAACCAUAACUUACUUUAUAGCUAAUUGGUCACCCAAACUGGGUGAAGACUCCGUCACCAAGAACAUCCAACUAGCGUUGGACACGUGGGGCAAAUACGGUCACUUGAGGUUCCAAAAAGCGGCUACUCCAGACGCCGACAUAAUUGUGGCUUUCGGGAGUAGCUACCAUGGUGAUAGGUACCCGUUCGAUGGGCCUGGGAAUAUCCUAGCACACGCGUUUUUUCCAAAUGAGGAUCAAGGUUUCGGGGGGGAUAUACAUUUCGAUGCUGACGAAGAGUGGAAGGAUGGGUGGAAAGAAGAGGAUGAGGAAGGAAUGGACUUUUUGACUGUGGCGGUCCAUGAACUGGGGCAUUCGUUGGGUUUGUCGCACUCAAUUGACUUGAAUUCGGUCAUGUUUCCCUAUUAUCGGAGGAAUGAAAUCGGGGGGUUGCCCCAACUCGGGUACGACGAUAUUCUAGGAAUGUAUGAACUAUAUAUUCGUAGAAACAUUAAGGAUGACAACUACAUUCCGACGACGGAUGACGGUGGAUUUGAAACAACCACCACGUCUAGUACGAGUCGUACCACACAUGACCCUAGUACUACUAGUGAAACUAGCACUGAAACCACAACAGAACCACAGUACACCACUAACUUUGGAAACGACAAUUCAACCUCGAUUCUGUAUACCGGCGACGACGAAUCCGUAGACAUUCACCGGUACCACGACCCUAAACACACCAUACCAUCCACCAAUUCCCCGAGUUUACCCUACAUAUGCCACGGUCGCUUCGACGCAGUGGCGGUACUAAGACAAGAAAUCUUCAUUUUUAAAGAACGGUAUGUUUGGAGACUGAAGGAUUUGGGUAAGGUAGACCCCGGAUACCCACUUUUGAUUACCCAAAUGUUCCCCGAUCUUCCGACUUCCAUCGAUCAAAUAGACGCCGCGUAUGAGAGACCAGAUGGGAUGAUCGUGUUGUUCACCGGGGACAUGUUUUGGGUCUACGAUGGUAAAAGUUUCGUGGAAAAUAGCCCAAAACCACUUAGCUAUUAUGGGUUGCCGCCAAAUAUAGACAAAAUCGAUGCCGUUCAAAACUGGGCUAGAAAUGGUAAGACAUACCUAUACAAGCAAAACAUAUUCUGGAGGUACAACGAAACGGCACAAACUAUGGAUGAGGGUUACCCUAUGGAUAUGCAGCGUUGGAAGGGGGUUCCACACAACCUGGACGCAGCUACAACCUGGAAAGGUAUAACCUACUUCUUCAAAGACGAGUUAUACUGGAAAUUUGAUAACCAAUGGAUUACCAUUACCGACCAGUCGCCGCUACCAUCACCCCAGUUGUGGCUGGGUUGUCCAGAAGACGAGCGAUCUCUAGCCAGAUUGUAAAACAAAAACUCUGUUUACGAAUUCUUACAAAAAUAAAUUUAUUGUGUUUACAAUAUUAC